AUGAGCGAGAACGCUGUGGCGGGACGCAUGUCUCCCAACAACAGCUCACAUAUGAGGCUUAAUCCGAAACUCAUGACGCACAGGGAGCGCAUGGAUCACACUGCCAACGAGAGAGUUUCGCGGACCGUGCCUGUUCCCAUCACGCCUGUGUCGCCAAUGGCGUUGGAAGUGAAGCGACGACAACGGGGAAGAGAAACCCUGGCAACCGCGUCGCCUCGUCCGGGGUACCUCAAUCGAUACGGGGGUCGAGACGCUUCCGUGACCGCCUGGACCAGCAGUAACGCGUCGAGUCGGCGUCCUUCUUUCCCAGGCAACAGUAUCUGGUCGGCUCGGCGAACUUCUUUCCCGAGCAGCACUAAUCUGUCAGGUCGCGGGGCUUCCGCGCAGCGUUACGAGCACGUCCACUCUGUGGUGAAGGAUUUAAUUGAGAGCAAGAUCACACCCCUUGAGGCGCAGCAUGGGAAACCCGUGCAGCGCCAGCGCUCGCAGAGCAUGGGCUCAGGCGUCACCAACCACACUGUGCGCUUGGGGUUUUCGUACAGCGGUGGUCACCGCAUCACGGGCCCCAUGACGCCUCGCCGCGGAACGCCAUCUGCCGUGCGCAGGGCCCCUCGUGUCGAGAUAAACGCCGCUGGGUUUCUGCCCUCAGUACCAAACGAGUUGUUUGUAGCCGACGGCGCAAGCACACCGGAUGCAUUUCGAACGGGGCGUAGACGUCCGACUGAGUGGCGCACACUGGAGCGAUCACCGUCGCGAAGGCUAUCACAACACGCGUACGUCUCGCAGAUCGUGGAUAAUCUCGAGAACGCGAGGGUGCCGUACAACCAUGUGCCACGGUGUGCACAGGAGAUCCCAGAGCGCUACAAGUACCAUCCGCCACCAAUGGAACACACUGAUGGCGAGGGGUCCGCGACAGGCCACAAUAGGCCGCGAUGGCGACAACCGUCACGCAGCGACAUACAGAGGGGCCGUAGCAUUGCGGCGGAAAGCGACUCCAGUGCUCGAGGCACCCGCACGUCCGCUGGUGCUUCACCUCAGCAACGGACAAAUAGUAGACCUAGAGGUAUCAACCGUGACAGUGAAAGAAACGUAUCAGCACGCUCUUCUCUUCCUUCUGGGUCCCAAGCGGUGGACACUCGCGCUGUGUCACGAAAAAGGAAGGUUUCUAUCGGCUCAAUGUCCUCUUUGAUCGUGGGGAGAAAUGAGUAUGCGAAUACAGUGAAAGAUUUAGAGCCUAAAGAAAUAAAACCGCUACUUGGACUUCAGCGGGUGUUGCUCUUUAACUUUGAGCCUCCAAAGUUAUUGAAGUCUAAAGCGUCAAAGUGUUCUUCUUAA